AAAAUCAUUUUAGGAAUUAAGAUCUUUAUUACGUCUCUCGCCGCCACUGCUAGGGUUCUCCCUCUUUGACGGGCGAGCUCCUCACUUCGGUGUUCCUCCCUGUGUUUUAAGGGCCCCUCUCUCUAUUUUUCUGCUCUUGUCUCGGUUUUUCCCUAAUCCCCUCAUGGCUUAGAUUCGCAUGUUAGCAUGGAAUUGUCGUGGCCUCGGAGAGGUCUCUGCAAUUUCAGAACUGAAGAAGCUCUGUUUCCAGCACAAACCCAGUAUCAUCUUCCUCUCGAAAACAAAGCGAACGGCCACUGAGAUGAAUCUGAUUCGUAUAGAUCUUGGGUUUGAACACUGUUUUGCUGUUGACUGUGUUGGUAGAGGGGGCGGAUUGGCUUUGCUUUGGACAGAGGAAUUUACGCUACAACCAUCAUCUGCUUCUCAAUCCCAUAUAGAUGUCGAACUAGUUGAUCCGAGAGGGCGUCCUUGGCGGUUAACUGGGUUUUAUGGUCGCCCAGAGGUUGCCCGCAGGGAAGAAUCCUGGACUCUUUUGAAAUCAAUUAAGGCAGCCUCUACUCUGCCAUGGCUGUGCUUAGGGGAUUUUAAUGAAAUUCUGAGACAAUCAAAAAAGGAAGGAGGUAAUCCAAGACCUUCCAGACAAAUGGAUGCUUUUGCAGAAGCCAUAAACUAUUGUGCCUUUAAAGAAUUGGGUUUUAAAGGUCCUCGCUUCACUUUCAUGAGAAAGAUACAUGGAGAUUUGAUCAAGGAGAGACUCGACCGAGUUUUGAUGAAUUCAGAGUGGUUGGAUAUGUUUCUUGGGGCUUUUUCUCAUCAUUUACUUGCAUUGAGAUCUGAUCAUGCCCCUAUUUUGGUAAUGGCAGACACAAAGAUAGGAAGAUGUCGCAAUCCACCUGCUAAGUUAUUUCGUUUUGAGAAUUUUUGGAUCAAGGAUCCAGAAUGUGAGGAGAAGAUUAAGGAAGGAUGGAAGGCUGGAAGGGGCAACAUGAACAUGUCCCAAGUUUUGUCCAAAAUUGCUUCAUGUGGUUCCCUUCUCACUGAAUGGAGCCAAGCUAAAUUUGGGAAUAUCCCUGAACGUAUCAAACACUUGCAGCAGGAACUUCUACACAUCAGGAAUGGCUCAGCACAAGACAACAGUUUGGGGACAAUGGAAGCUUUAGAAAAAGAGCUCAACAAUUGGCAACGCAAGGAAGAGGUUUUAUGGAAGCAGCGCUCAAGAGUACAGUGGCUAAAGGAAGGAGAUAGAAAUACAGCAUACUUCCAUAACAGAGCUUCUGCAAGGCGCAAAAAGAAUCACAUUGCUGCUCUAAUGGAUGAUAAUGGUACUUCUAUAUCAGACAGAACAGGAAUAGAGGCAAUUUGCAUUAAAUACUUCAAAAAUUUAUUCACCUCUAGAUAUUCUGGACCAAAUAGAAAAAUUCUUCAUGCACUAGAGGGCAGAAUCUCGCCCUUGAUGGCGACCUUUCUGGAUAGAGAUUUUACGAGGGAAGAUAUCACAGCUGCUGCCCUAGAAUUCCUUAACAAAGGGAGUAUGGAGAAAGAUAUCAACCUUACUCAUAUAGUAUUGAUCCCGAAAGUCAAAUGCCUUUCUUCUAUGAAGGAUCUUCGGCCCAUAAGCCUUUGCAAUGUGCUUUACAAAGUUAUCUCAAAAGUCUUGACCAAUAGACUUAAAUCAAUCUUACCACAAAUCAUCUCAAACAAUCAGAGUGCUUUUGUUCCCGGAAGGUUAAUCUAUAAUAAUGUUACGGUAGCUUUUGAAGCUAUUCAUCAUCUGAAGCACAAAAGGGUUGGCCACAGAGGUGAUAUGGCUGUCAAACUUGAUUUAAGCAAGGCUUUUGAUAGAGUAGAAUGGAACUUCCUAGAAGAUAUAAUGAGAGCUAUGGGGUUUCCCGAUAAGUGGAUCAACCAUGUCAUGAUGUGUGUUCGAACCGUUAACUUGUUGUUUGGAAAGGCCUCUGAACGAGAAGCACAAAAGCUCUUAGAAAUCUUGAAGGAAUAUGAACAAGUCUCAGGUCAACAAAUUAAUCUUGAUAAGUCCUCUAUUUUCUUCAGCAGCAAUACUCCCCCUGCUAUGCAACAUCAGGUCAUGCAGACUUUGAAUAUAUCACAGGUGAUAACAGAUGACAAAUAUCUUGGGCUUCCUCUUAUCAUUGGACGAAAGAAAUCUAUUUGCUUUGACUCUAUCCGUGAGAGGGUUUGGUCUAAAAUCAAGGGAUGGGAAACUAAACUGUUAUCCCGUGCUGGGAGGGAAAUUUUGAUUAAGGCAGUACGGCUUGGCGGGCUUGGAUUUCGGGAUCUCGGAGCUUUUAAUUUAGCUACGUUAGCCAGGCAAAGCUGGCGCAUGAUGCACGACAAGACCACUUUAUGCUACCAAGUGCUCAAAGCUAAAUAUUUUCCUGAUGGUGAUCUAAUGGGAGCUACUAUGAAGACUAAUGCUUCAAUGGUUUGGCGAGGGGUUAUCGCUGGUCUCGGCAUACUUAAAAUGGGCUCAACAUGGCGAAUCGGCAGUGGUCGGGAUGUCAGGAUUUGGAGGGAUAAUUGGUUACCCUCAGGGGCUAUUCCUCAGCCGCAGAUAGCUCUUGUUCACCACAAUUUGGACGAUCGAGUUAGUGACUUAAUAGAUGAAGACAGAGGUUGCUGGAAGGAAGCUGCAGUUAGGCACUCUUUUCGUGCCGAGGAUGCUGAGGCAAUUCUUCAUAUCCCCAUUAGUAGACGUUGUUCUAUUGAUAGAUUAAUAUGGCUGGGCACAAAUAAUGGCAAAUUUACAGUCAAAUCGGCAUACAAAUACGCAUGGCAGCUGGUCUUUGGUUCUGAGCAUCACGAUCAUGACCAAGUCUUACUACCAAUAUGGAAAGCAGUCUGGUUUCUAAAUGUUCCCCCUAAAAUCAAGCAUGUGUUGUGGAGAAUAAUCUGGGAAAAUUUGCCCUACCGUGAUAUCCUGCUUUCGAGGGGUAUUGAUGUUGAACCAGGGUGUGGUAUUUGCAAUACAACAGAGGAAUCUUAUUUUCAUUUAUUCUUUGAUUGUGAAUGGAGCAAGAAAGUGUGGAAUGGAGUCCUUCCUACAACCUCUUGGCACUCUAUUCAGCAUAACUCAUUUUUGGAUGACUUUCUAGCAUCUUUCCUUGCAACAAGUGCAGCAAACCAUGAAAUAGUAGCCGUAACUCUCUGAUAUAUCUGGAAUAACAGAAACAAAUGCAC